AGGAGACUGAGAGAAAGAAAGAGCGAGAGGGGGAGCGGAGUGACCGUGCUCAGUAACACGGGGAGUUAGGCGCAGGCACGGCGGAACAGAGCUGCGUCCGUUUGGAGACACGCGCAGAGACACGGAACGUUUUAAACGGUGUCGCCUCCCGGGUGACUGAGGAAAGAAGCCAUGCCCGUCCUCUCCGCAGGCGCAGGACUGCACGAAACGCUCGCCCUCCUGACCUCACAGCUCCACCCAGAUGCCAACCACAAGGAGGACAUGGUCUUUCUGAAGGAGGUCUUCAGUGAGAGGAGUCUCGGCUACCUGAUGAAGAUCCAUGAAAAGCUGAGACAGUACGAGCGACACAGUCCUUCGCCCAUUCUGCACAGCGCCACCUCUCUGGCGGAGGAUGUGGCAGAGGAGCUGCAGAAUGGACCAAUGAGCAGCGAAGAGAAGGAACUCCUGCAACUGCUGACAUCACCACAUGUAAAGGCUGUCUUCACUGUGCACGACACGGUGGCUCAGAAGAACUUUGACCCCACCCUGCCCCCACUGCCAGACGACCUGGAGGAUGACCUGGAUGAGGAGUCAGUGAAGAUUGUGAGACUGGUGAAGAACAAGGAGCCCCUGGGGGCAACCAUCCGCCGGGAUGAGGCCACGGGUGCUGUGAUUGUGGCCCGCAUCAUGAGGGGCGGGGCAGCUGACCGGAGUGGUUUGGUGCACGUUGGCGACGAGCUCCGUGAAGUCAACGGCAUCUCCAUCGUACACAAGAGACCUGACGAAAUCAGCCAGCUUCUGUCACAGUCUCAAGGGUCUAUUACUCUGAAAAUCAUCCCAGCAAUCAAGGAAGAGGACAGAUUAAAGGACAGCAAGGUGUACAUGAGGGCCCUGUUCGACUACGUACCGACUGAGGACAAGGCCACACCCUGCCAGGAGGCGGGGCUUCCCUUCAGCCGCGGUGACAUCCUGCAGGUGGUGAGUCAGGACGACGCCACCUGGUGGCAGGCCAAGAGGGUCGGGGACAGCAACCUGCGAGCGGGGCUGAUCCCCUCCAAACAGUUCCAGGAAAGACGGUUAGCCCACAGAAUGAAAAUCGGAACACUUCAACCUCCCAAGUCCCCCAAAAAACACUUUUAUGACCAGGGCUGUGACCAAGAGGACUGUGACAGUGAGGGCUAUAUCAAUGGACAGUACAUAGCCGGCCUACGGAGAAGUUUCCGUCUGAGCCGGAAGGACCGUCAGGGUACCCCAGGUGACACUCGGCCCCAAGAGUCCAGCGAGGCGCAGUUUGUGACUUACGAGGAAGUCACACGCUACCAGCAGAAGCCAAGUGAAAGACCCCGCCUAGUGGUGCUGAUCGGCUCCCUAGGCGCCCGGAUCAAUGAACUGAAACAGAAGGUGAUCGCGGAGAACCCCCACCGCUACGGCGUAGCCGUGCCCCACACCACCAGGCCUAAGAAGACCCACGAGAAGGAAGGCGUGGAGUACCACUUUGUCUCCAAACAGGCAUUCGAUGCAGACGUACAGAACAAUAAGUUCAUUGAGCAUGGGGACUAUAAGGACAACCAGUACGGCACCAGCACGGAGGCCAUCCGCUCUGUGCAGAGCAAGGAUAAGACAUGCCUGGUGGACGUGCAUCCAGAGGCUUUAAAGACCCUGUGCACGGCAGAGUUCAAGCCCUAUGUGAUCUUUGUGAGGCCGCAAAUCCCCGAAGCCCGACACCAUCGCAGUGGCACCGCCUCACCAGGUGGUGGCGACCAAGGGCGGCUCACGGAUGAAGAGAUUGAGGAAAUACAGCAGUCAGCGCAACAGAUUGACCAGCAGUACGGUCACCUGGUAGACCGAGUCCUGGUGAGGGGGGAUGUCGCCAGCACAAGCGCAGAGCUGCAGUGCAUUCUGGACCGUCUGGAGCGAGAGGCCUUCUGGGUCCCCGUCAGCUGGGUGCGGACCUAGCGACACGCAAGCUGCAAGCCCGGGCGUUUGUGCCAGCCUCACCCCCUCUGACCUCUGACCUCCCACAGUCCGUCCUCUCCCUGUGUCACCUCCGCCCGCAUCAGUGUCAACCUGAGGGAAGGACAGACCAAUCCAUCUAGGUCAAGCCAUACAGAGGAAGACGGGUGUAGGAGGGAUGGGGCCUGUUGGACCACGGGAGACUGUAGGUUUGAGAAAAAUCAGGAUGUAAAAUCUGGUGAAGAUGCUGGUUCCCGUCUACACCAGCUUGUGUUCUGAACCAUGACCGGGUCAGUCCCAGACCUGCUCAGCUGAUGUCAGUGUGCACGCAUAGUUACGCAUCACCAAAUGACUCUGUAAAUAAAUCAUUGACUUUGCCACAUGGGGGGGAAAGCCAGGUAUUCUUGGAGCCCUACCAACAAAAUAGGUAUUAUCACUUUGUGUUAAGC